CCCGGCUGCGGCCCGAGGAGCUCCGGCCCGGCAGCGCGGUGCCCUCAUCGGGGCCUCCGCCGCACCUCGCGGUGGCGGCGGUCGUGUUCUGGCGGAGCGUUUUUUCCCGAAAUCUUCGCGGUGGGUUUUGUAGCACGAGCGUGGCAGCGGGGUUUGGUGUCACAUGUGGGGACGUCAGUGUGGGGGGGACUCGUCUCUUUGGAGCUGUAUAAAGGGAUCGCUCUGGCGCCAAAAUCAAAAGCAAAGCUUUGAAAUGCUGUCCGGGGUCUGCACAGAUCCACGCGUGUGCCCAUCUCACGCGUCCCUGGAUGGGUCACUUUGUGAUCUGUAGUUUGUUUUUCUAUAACACUCAUUUAGCUGCUGUUAAGGCCUUCGAGUACCUUAUUGCAAGGUCGCUGUUAGUAUUUCUCUAGUGCUACCGUUGCUUUUUUAUGUUGUUUUAUAUAUUCCAUGUUUGCUACUGCUUAAAAUAUUGCUGUAUUCAUGCUGUGCUGUUUGAAUACUGGCUGGAGUCCUUGGGAUUAGCAGACACCCCAAAGCGCAGCUGGAAUACUCACACUGCAUGUGAGCCGCAGAGAUGUGGUCGGACAACUGAGGGCAUGGCAGUUCUCAGGAUGCAGGAGAAGCACUGUCUGUCACCCCAAUAAUCAAUUCAGGACCUGGCUUAUGAGUGUCAGUUGCAUCACAGCGCCUGCAUUGCCAAGAACAGGUUCUAAGGGGUGGCACAAAAAAUACUUGUGACCCAACUUCUGUGAAUACAAAUGCACGAUGGCAACCUACUGCAGUACUCAGGUGCCUUUUGGGAGAUUAGGAUGGACCUGAAGUUAAAAUGGAACUGGGGAGGGGAGAAUACAUGAGCAUCAGGAAAGUGUAAGGGAAAGGUGUUUUUUGUAGUGAUUAUGCAUAUCUUAGAAGGAUCUGAAGGGUGCUGAAAUUCUGCUGGGAAUGUGAUAGGUGUUUAUUCUGUUUGUUGAGUUGGUGGCUUUUUUGAACUUGUUCAUUGUUGUCUAAUGGUGGGGUCAAGGGCACAUUCAGCAGGUUCUGUUGUGAAACAGAUAUCAGGGGGCUGGAUUUCUCUAACAGACGUUAGCAAGGGGAUGUGAGCAAGCAAAUCUCUGUCCUGGAAUCAGACUUGAACUUCAGGACUCUGUGAUUGGCUGUGGAUUCCAAGCUAUAGUUUCAAGGCUGUUCCUCAGUAACUUGCAGUUGCUGUCUUAUGUAUAUAUUUUUAAAACUCAAAAUGUAACCUGUCAUGAUCUGAAGUUUGUUAGAAGCUUGCCUGUUAAAUUCUAUUUGUAUUCCUUCCAGCUGCCUGCUUGCUUUGCACUUUUUCUGCCAUGUAGAGCCACAUUUAGAAAGAGGGUCAGUUAAGUGAGAGCAUGGACCAUGGAGGAGUUGGCCAAUAUGACCUUGGCAUGGAACAUUGUGAAAAAUUUGAGAUUUCAGAAACUAGUGUAAACAGAGGUCCAGAAAAGAUCCGACCGGAGUGCUUUGAGUUACUGCGCGUACUGGGCAAAGGUGGCUAUGGAAAGGUAUUUCAAGUACGAAAAGUAACUGGAGCAAAUACUGGGAAAAUUUUUGCCAUGAAAGUUCUUAAAAAGGCAAUGAUUGUAAGGAAUGCAAAAGAUACAGCUCACACAAAAGCAGAGCGGAAUAUACUAGAGGAAGUGAAACAUCCCUUCAUUGUAGACUUAAUUUAUGCCUUUCAGACUGGUGGAAAACUCUACCUCAUCCUUGAGUAUCUCAGCGGAGGAGAACUAUUUAUGCAGUUAGAGAGAGAAGGGAUAUUUAUGGAAGACACGGCUUGCUUUUACCUAGCAGAAAUCUCAAUGGCACUGGGGCACUUGCAUCAAAAAGGAAUCAUUUAUCGUGAUCUGAAGCCAGAAAAUAUCAUGCUUAAUCAUCAAGGUCAUGUAAAAUUGACAGACUUCGGAUUAUGUAAAGAAUCAAUUCAUGAUGGAACAGUCACACACACGUUCUGUGGAACAAUUGAAUACAUGGCCCCUGAAAUCUUGAUGAGGAGUGGGCAUAAUCGUGCUGUGGACUGGUGGAGUUUGGGGGCAUUAAUGUAUGACAUGCUGACUGGAGCACCUCCUUUCACCGGGGAGAACAGGAAGAAAACAAUUGACAAGAUUCUCAAGUGUAAACUCAAUUUGCCUCCCUACCUCACACAAGAAGCCAGAGAUCUGCUUAAAAAGCUGCUAAAAAGAAACGCUGCCUCACGUCUAGGAGCUGGUCCUGGAGAUGCUGGAGAAGUUCAGGCUCACCCGUUCUUCAGACACAUUAACUGGGAUGAGCUGUUGGCACGAAAGGUGGAACCUCCUUUUAAGCCCUUAUUGCAAUCUGAAGAGGAUGUGAGCCAGUUUGAUUCAAAGUUUACACGUCAGACACCUGUUGAUAGCCCAGAUGACUCUACUCUCAGUGAAAGUGCCAACCAGGUCUUUCUGGGUUUUACGUAUGUGGCUCCAUCUGUACUUGAAAGUGUAAAAGAGAAAUUUUCUUUUGAACCAAAAAUUCGAUCACCUCGCAGAUUCAUAGGUAGCCCUAGGACACCAGUCAGCCCUGUAAAGUUUUCCCCUGGGGAAUUCUGGGGAAGAGGUGCUUCUGCCAGCGCAUCAAAUACUCAGACACCUGUGGAAUAUCCAAUGGAGACCAGUGGAAUAGAACAAAUGGAUGUGACAGUUUGUGGAGAGGCUUCGGCACCGCUUCCAAUCCGACAACCAAACUCUGGGCCAUACAAAAAACAAGCUUUCCCCAUGAUUUCCAAACGACCAGAGCACUUGCGCAUGAAUCUAUGACAACACAAUUUUUUUAAGCCUUUGAAGGUGGAAAACAAAGAAUGGACAUAAGCCCCUUGAAGUUGAAAUAGGAGGGCUUGUUUGGUUUACUUUUAAAAAGUGACAGUAUCAAAGAGUCAGUCCUUGCACAGAGCAACUUGGAAAGCAAAGAGAAAUGGAUUUUUUUUUUUCUGUCAAUCAAUGGUGCAUAAAAAAACUUUAGAAAAUGGUAUUGCAGAACUCUAGGCACAUCAUCUAACUGAUUCGCAGUGACAUCUUCUCACCUUAUCAAGGAUUUUUCAGCUUGGUAGCUUGAAACUGACAGUAUUAAGGGGCAGGAUGUUGCUUCAGAAUCACUGGUCUAGUUGUGAAUGUGUCAGGGAGGGUUAGCCCUUUCACUAGGCAAAGUAUGAAAUGCCUAUAUGCUUGCGACCGAGGAAUAAUUAGCAUGCAAGCUUGGUUAAGCUGUUUCCUGCAAUGGGGUGGAAUCAAAGAUGAGAGAUAAAAUUAAUUGGUAUUUCACAUUCAAAACCGAAUGAGUUUUUUUUAUAUAUAUAUAAAAAAAUAUAUAUUUUUCGAAUAGAUUUUUUUGAUUCAGCUCAUUAUGGAAAGUAUCCCAAAAUUUAGAAUACGAAAUAAUUGGUUGCUGUGAAGAAAGUAAAGGCUCUAGUUCUGAUUCUCCUCAUGAAACAAAAAAUCAGUAAGCGAGUUACUCAAUUACCAGCUUGGCAACGCGGGGUGGGAAAGAACUGUUCCACUUGCUUACCCAACUGAAAUACCUGUUCCUGCAAAGACGAAUGGAUCUAAUCAAAUCACAGUGCUGCUAUGUUCUAGGCUUAACUGGAAGCCAUGGGCUCAAAUACAUGUCCUGCUUAUUUCAUCCUUGUCCUCAGCAGACAUUUCACUGGGAAACAUCACUUUCGUAUAUGCCAGUCAUUUAGCUGGAGAUGGCUGAAUACAUUCAGAUUCUUACCCAUGUAAAAGGUUGGGAGAAAGUGCAUCUGAACACAAGGUCAGGAGGUGUGGCUGUACUUCCACAGGAAAUGUACGCAACAUCUACGUCAUGUAAGCAAGCAAACCUUUUUGUAACCAAUGGGUAAGAACUUCAGGAAAUUUUUUUAAAAUUUUUGCUUAUGGGAUGGACUUCCCUGCUGUUACAUAUUUCUAAAUUUGCAAAUUAUUUUUUUUUUCCUAUGCUGGGGCAAUAAAUUUGCUGAUUGUAUGAGGCUGAGGAAAACGUUAAACGGCCUUUCAGCGAAUGUCUUCCACAGUGGGUCAGAACUUCAGCAACUUAAUUUAGCAAACAUGUUCUAAGGACACUAUUUAUGUUUUUAAAAUUGUCACAAUCUGUACAAAUGGCUUACAGGUACAAAGAAUAAAAUAAAGGUAACUUUACCUUACUUAAUACUUCCUGCCUUAAAGAAAGCAUUUCCAUGAGCAUAGCUGGUGAAAGGGUUAAUAUCUGCAGAGCUUUACACUAGUUAGAGUGUGUAUGGUGUGUGCGUGUGUGUGUGUAUAUGAUCAUGCAACUGCAUACAAGUCCUGUCAUUUUUUGCCUGCCACACGUUGCAUUAUCUUUAGUCAAACUGUGCAAAGUCUACUUCUAGUGUUUCACAACAGUAGGGAUUUUUUAUAGAUUCUGCUUACUCUGUGUAUACUGAAUCUUUUUGAGCCAUAGGAUCCAAGCCAUAAGACUCUCUACACGUUGAAUCCGAUCAGAGUUUGCAAGCCAGAAGGAUUCAGUGAUAUCUCGUUGAUACGAAUAAAGAACCAACAAAAAAAGAUGCAUACGAUUGAGCAAAAAUUAGUAUUUCGUUUUCUUCCUGAUAAGCCUUUUGUUGGAGAAUUUCUUUUUUUAGUUUUGUAAGGAAAAUCAAGUUGCCUUCCAUUGACAUAAAUUGUACUGGAAGAUGGAUGUUUUUCAUUGGGCAAUAUGGCCGCUGGUGACACACUGUGGAACUGAAAUCAGAGUGCUUACGUGUGUGUAUAUUAUGCAUAUUUGCAAAGAGGCAACACUUCAAGCAAUGCCUGCUCUGUGUCACUUGUUAACAUAGGUUUCCUGCCGUGUUUACUGAGUAUAAAUGAACUUCGUUUAAUUUAAUCUUAUUUUUUGAGGCAGAUCUCUUGGUCCUAGUUACAGCUAACAGUUCCUUUUUGGUUGGCUGGAUAGAGCUGUCCAGUAGAGUUCGUUUGGUAUGGCUGGCAAGAAUGGCAAGAGUUGUUUGUCUGAGUUCACUGCUUAAUUACAGAUACAGUUGAUCACUUUUAAAAGGAAAUUUCAUAUCCUGUCCAUGUUUCAUCCCAUAGAUUGUAAGUUUUAAUUCCCUACCAUGACUGUGAAACUUCUGGAGUGUGACUCAGACAGCAAGCACACACUAUGCAAUAUGGUUUAUCCUGUAUUUAUUUGUAAAAAAUAUCAGACAUAGAUCCUCUAUAUAUAUAUAGUAGUGUCAAAAUGACUAGUCUCGACCUGAGGGGAGUGGAGUUCUAGCUCCUGUCUGGCUAUUUCAGAUAAGUGCAGAAUGCAUUGAAUAUUGGAGAGCUUAACAAGUGCUUUCUUUUGUUCAUUUAAAAAUGUCUUAAAUUUUUCAUUAGAGUAUAGAAUCUUAUUUUUUUUAUUUUGUACAAGCUGCGCUUUUUUAAUUAUAAUCACUGAAAAAUUCACUAUAAUUUGAUUUUAUAGAAUUUUUGUAGCAUUACAAAAAUAUAGUAAAACUGAGGUUAAUACCUGUUUUGGCUAACCAUAUGAAAGUAUUAAAUCUUAAACUUGAACAAAAGUCGUAUUUUUUUUUACUAGAUGUUAAAUAGGGCAAUAUUUUGUUCUGCGAGGCGUUACCACAAAAGGUUUCUAAUAGGUCAGCUGCAUUACCAGCAGUUUUUCUUUUCCCAUUUAAUGCAGAAAUCAUUCUGGUAUGAGAUAUUCAGAAUUCCAUCCUUUUUCUCUGUGGGAGUGAUGCAUACAUUUGAUGCCAUUUGUGUACUAAAUUGUAAUUUUGGGAAUGCUGGAAUAAUUCCUACCAAGACUGUCUUAAUUGUGCCAUCUGACAUCUGAAUGUCAUCCUGGUAUUAGCUCAUAAUAAAAGAUACAAAUAAAUGA